GAGUCCGGAAGUUUCAGAGUCCGCCGCGCGUGGUCAUGGGAACGGGUCUUCUUGCGGCUCCUUCUGCGCAUGGGCAGUACUUCGCAGGCCCUUCUAGGUUCUCCCGCUUACGGUGAGAGACGGUGCGGAACCUCCACAAUCCUGCAGAUUCCGAGCUGUCUUUCACAUGAUGAAUCUGACAUUUAAAGGUGUGCGGAUGAGUUCUUUAUAGGAUAGCAGUACAAGAAGAGUUUAUUUUUCUUCCUAAAAGGUGAGGAAAAAUUGGUGCUGAGGGUGUAAGUGAAUUUCCCUGGUUUUAUGUUAGGGGCAGAGCCCAAAGUAGAUAUUGAAUCUCCCCACACCCAGGCCAGUGCUGACCACAUCAUCACUGUGGAAACACAUUUCUUAAAAGACAGCCGUUUCAGAGUGUACAUCUAUUUUAGAAAAACAAUUAAAAAGUACCCUUACCUGAAAGUGCCUCCGUCCUUUUUUUUCACAGCUUCGGUUGAGUUCUCUAAUUUGGGGAGUAAACAAGGAAAUAUACAUGUAACAACUUUUAUUAUAAAACCUUUGCUGAAGGUGUAGUGUUCCUUCAUUUAGCAUAUUGUCAUUUGUUUAACCAAUUUUCUGAUUUUUAAAACUUCUUUGAAGUAGAAUAAAGGGGUUAUUAUUUUAAACUGUUUUAAAAUAUCAAUAUUGCAAAAUAUCAAUAGACAAGAGUUCCAUUCACCCAGUGAAAAAUUGCACACCCAAGCUUUGCAUGGCCAAAUCACAGUCACAUGUGGCCAUGUGGGUGCUUUAUCUUAUGUCCUUUCCUGCCCCUUCUCCAAGGUGAAAAGGAUAUAAAAUGCCUAUAGAGAGACAUUUUAUCCUGGUGAUGUUGGUGGCUUUUUAAGAAGGCAAAUCCAGGAACUGCAAAGCAAUCUGUAUCUUUAAUGACUUCAUUCCUGUUUUUCUAUCCCAGCUAUACUUUCAGAGAUUUCAACAUUUUUCCAAGAAAGACCAGCAAAUUAUGAAGAAAUCCUAUGGAUCCUUAUCAUUUGAGGAUGUGACUGUGGGCUUCUCCCAGGAAGAGUGGCAGCACCUGGACCCUGCCCAGAGGACCCUGUACAGGGACGUGAUGCUGGAGAACUACAGCCACCUUGUCGCAGUGGAAGUCUGCAAAGUUGAUAACCAACUAGAACAGAAUCAAGAAAUCCAGCACAGACAUUUCUGGCAGGCUCCAUUUAUCAACAACAAAACACUGACUGUACACAGAGGUAAUGUAUUAGGAAACAUUUUUAAUUUCAGCACAGACAGCAUUCCUUCCAUAAAAAUACCCUGUAAAUGUGACUCAUGUGGUAUGAAUUUGAAAUGUAUUUCAGAAUUAAUUAUUAAUAAGAAAAACUAUUUAAGUAAGAAGCCUGAUGACCUCAAUCCAUGUGGGAAAUUGUUCCUUCAUAGUAACCCUGAAAAAACUCAAAUGGGGGAGAAACCUUGUGAAUUCAUUCAAAAUCAAAAAUAUGUAAGUCGUAAUGAAGAUUUCAUUCCAUAUCAGAAAAUUAAAAAUGUACAACAAUGCUUAAUUCAAAGGAAUAAGGAAUAUGAGGAAUACGCGAAAGAGUUCCAUGAGAAGGCACUUGUCCCAUAUAACCAAGCUUGUAUAGGAGAGAGUCCUCGUGAACAUAAUGAAUCUGAUAAAACGUUCUGUAAUAAUGCAACCCUCGUGGUCCGUAAGAUAGCACAAAGAAUGGAAAAUCUUCAUGAGUUUAAUGAAUACGGUAAAACAUUUGAGAAGUCCUCCCUCUUGAAACCUAGAGUUCAUUUAAAGGUGAAGGGUUAUGAGUACAUUGAUAGAGUGGUUAGUUUCAAUAGGAGAUCAGACUUCCCUGACACAGGAGAUAGAGUAUUUGAAUAUAACAACUUGGGAGAACCUUUCUGGGAGAAGUCCGUUCUUAAUAUAACUGCGAGAACACACGUAGGAGACAAAGUCCAUGAAUGUAACGAAUGUGGAAAAGCAUUCUGCAAAAAGUCAAAACUCCCCAAACACCAGAAAAUACAUCCAAGAGAGAAACCAUACGAAUGUAAGGAAUGUGGGAAAUGCUUCUCUCGGAAAUCCCUCCUCACUUUACAUCAGAGAAUCCACACAGGAGAGAAACCCUACGAAUGUAAGGCCUGUGGGAAAUGCUUCUCUAGGAGUUCACACCUCAUAAUUCAUCAGAGGACUCACACAGGAGAGAAGCCCUAUGAAUGUAAGGAAUGUGGGAAGUGUUUCUACCAUAAGUCCUAUCUCACGGUACACCAGAGGAUUCACACAGGGGAGAAGCCCUAUGAAUGUAACCAAUGUGGAAAAACCUUCAUAAGCAACUCAGUCCUCACAAUACAUCAGAAAACACACACAGGCGAGAAACCCUAUGAGUGUAAUCAGUGUGGGAAAUUCUUCUCCAGAAACUCGUACCUUACAGUACAUCUGAGAACUCACACAGGGGAGAAGCCCUACGAAUGUGAGCUCUGUGGGAAAACCUUCUGUCACAAGUCAGAUGUCACGAAACAUGAGAAAACUCACAUAGGGGGAAAACCCUAUGGAUGUAAUCAGUGCGGGAAGACCUUUAGUCGUAACUCGGGCCUGAAAGUUCAUCAGAGAACUCACACAAAGGAGAAACCCUAUGAAUGUAACGAGUGUGGGAAAUCCUUUUCUGAGAAAUCAGUUCUCACAGUACAUCAGAGGAUACACACAGGCGAGAAACCUUACAAGUGUGAUGAAUGUGGGAAAACCUUCUACAAUAAAUCGGACCUCACUAAACACCACAGAACUCACACAGGUGAGAAACCCUAUGAAUGUAAGGAAUGUGGGAAAUUCUUCUCUAGGAAUUCAUACCUUACAGUACACCAGAGAAGUCAUACAGGGGAGAAACCCUAUGUGUGCAAGAAAUGUGGGAAAACUUUCUACCUUAAGUCAGACUAUACAGUACAUAAGAGAACACACAGAGGGGAGAAAUCCUAUCACUGUAAUCAGUGUGGGAAGACUUUCACUUGCGGUUCAGUCCUCAGAUCACAUCAGAGAACUCACACAGGUGAGAAGCCCUAUGAAUGUAACGAGUGUGGGAAAUCAUUUUCGGAGAAAUCCGUUCUCACCGUACAUCAGAGGAUACACACAGGGGAGAAACCUUAUAAGUGUAACGAAUGUGGGAAGUCCUUCUGUCAUAAGUCAGAUCUCACUAAGCAUCAGAGAACACACACAGGAGAGAAACCCUAUGAGUGUAAGCAUUGUGGGAAAACCUUCAGUUGCAACUCAGGCCUCAAAGUACAUCAGAGAAGACACGUAAGAGAGAAACCCUAUGAAUGUAUUGAGUGCGAGGUAACUGCCAAGGAAUCAGUUAUCACAGCACAUCCAAGGUUACACACAGAGGAAGAAAACUAGUAAAUAUAGCGGUGAGAGGAAUCUUUCUCUCGUGAGUCAUACCUCAAAAUACCAUGGAAAAUUUACAAAGGAUGUGACUCAAAGAAUGUAAAGCAUGGCAAAUCUCUUACCAGAAGUCAUCUUCCAGAGCAAACGAGAAUACUCAUAGGGGAAAACACUCUGAAUUUGAUGAAUGUUUGAAAAUCUGAUGUAAAUAAGACAACUAAAAAUGACUGCAUGUGGAAGAAAGCCUACUAAUACGGGUAGGGAGUAUGGGGGAUUAUUUUAUUAUGAAUUAGAGCUUAUUAAACCAAGAAUUUACAUAGGAGGUAAUCCUGUCAAUCAGAGAAAUGAAAAUGUUCUUCCAGAAUUUGGCCAUUAGUAAUCAGACCACAUUUGGGAAAAACUGUCAGCAUCUUAAUUUUUUUUGAGACCUUCGUCCACAAGUUGUACUCAUUUGUAGGUCAGAGGAGUAAUAGGGGGGAUACCCAAACAAUGCAGCAAACGUAGUUGAGCAACUUUAUCAGAAAUGCCCUUUGUUGAGCAACACAAUUGAUAGUGAGAGGAAGUCCUAAACGUGUUUUGAAUGUACAGGCUUUAACAAAAUCCAGACUUUAUUAUAUCUGAAGAUUGUAUUGAAGGAAGUAUGUCUUUAGGAAAUAUGGACAGAAAUUUUCCUUUAGAUCUCUUAUCCCUAAAGUUAUGCUUUUCUCUGAUCUCAAAAUUCUUUAAUAGAAAUAAAGCUGAUGGUAGACAUUUAUAAAAAUACUAACCAUGCAACGUGAAGCUUUUGGAAAAGAACAAAUAAACAGAAUAAUCUUCUCAGUCUCUGAUUUCACUUUUGGAGAAACACGUGUCACCCCGUGACAUUCCCUAUCAUGAGCCAUCGUAUGUUUUUGAUUAGUCCACCCCCCCCAACUAUGCUGUCACCUCUGCAAAUAAUGUGUGAUGGUCUGGUUCCUCCUGGGAUCUACUAUAGGGGUUCCCACCGUGGACCAGCCCAGCCCAGAAUGUACACCGCCACCAGCCAGGGGCAGUCUGAAGGAUGUGUCUGCUUCCUCUUCGUAGGUUCUGGAACCAGAAAUAACAUUGAGUGUCUACUCUGUAGUACUCUAGUGCAUAUGACCUUUGUGCCCCAGUUCAAAUUUACAGGAAGAGCAUCUUAGCUUUGUUGCUUGAAUUCAAGCCUGUUGACCCAAUGAUAGCCUGGCUUUCCAGGGGGGAGAAACUUGACAUAUUUCCUAUGUGUGUCAAAUUAUGAGCAAUAGCAUAACCAUUGUGUGCCUGUGUGCCUGCUGCAGGUUGGAAGUGAUGUACUACGAGAAUAGUUGAAUUAUCUGCACACCGUCCUCAAAACUAUCCCAUACCCUAUGACUUUUUCCACCUUCAGCACUUUUCUCGAUUUACUUAAUAUUGAUCCAUGUCUCAUUACUUAUACAAUAAUAUUUUAAUGUAUGUUUGUGUGUGUGUGUGUGUGAUUGAUUUGCUAGGGUAUCGGUGGGAACACGUGUUUUGUAACUUGUUUUUGUCUUCAGAUGUAUGGUUUUGAUAUUUAUACAUAUGCUUUAGUUGAUUUGUUUUAAUAAAGCAUAAUAUAUGAUUAUGUAACUGUAACAAUAAUGUCUAUUUUCCUGUCUGUGAUUUUCAAAAUUUUAAGAGUUUCAUGAUUAAAACAAUAAUGUUUCAAAAUUAAAAAAAAUCAACUCUGGGUAGUCAUUUAAAUAUGGUUAAAUAUACCCUAUUUAAGUAUCCAACUUGAGUUUUAUUUUAUAUAUAUAUAUGUGCGUGUGUGUGUGUGUGUGUGUGUGUAUAAAUUUACAUCCAAAUUAGUUAGCAUCUAGUGCAACAAUGAUUUCAGGAGUAGAUUCCUUAGUGCCCCUUAACCCAUUUAUCCCAUCCCCCCUCUGACAACCCCUCCCGUAACCCUCUGUUUGUUCUCCAUAUUUAUGAGUCUCUUCUGUUUUGUCCCCCUCCCAGUUUUUAUAUUAUUUUUGUUUCCCUUCCCUUACGUUCAUCUGUUUUGUCUCUUAAAGUCCUCGUAUGAGUGAAGUCAUAUGAUGCUUGUCUUUCUCUGACUAAUUUCACUUAGCAUAAUACCCUCCAGUUCCAUCCAUGUAGUGCAAUGGCAAGAUUUUAUUCUUUUUGAUUGCCGAGUAAUACUCCAUUGUAUAUAUACACACCACAUCUUUAUCCAUUCAUCCAUCGAAGGACAUUUGGGCUCUUUCCAUACUUUGGCUAUUGUUGAUAGUGCUGCUGUAAACACUGGGGUGAAUGUGCCCCUUUGAAACAGCACACCUGUAUCCCGUGGAUAAAUGCGUAGUAGUGCAAUUGCUGGGUCACAGGGUAGUUCUAUUUUUAGUUUUUU